CGUGGACAAGGAGCUGGCCUUCAACACGCUGGACUCCAUCAAGCGCGAGGAGAACGGUCUGGUCUACUGGUCCCGGGCCCCGGUCUCGACCAACACCAGGGUCUACGAGAACAACCAGCGCAACCUGCUACAACCCAAGUUUGAGCAGGAGUGGGACGCCCACGCGGUUGAGUCAACCAGUUACGGGUUGAUGGUUUAUCUUAUCCGUGAUGGUAUCAACAUCAUCCAGGAGCGUAUUGUUGAAUGGUUGAAUGCCAUGCGCAUGCACGACGGAGGCUUCAUCUCCACUGUUGAUACCAUAGUCGCCAUGCAGGCUCUGACGGAGUACAGUUACCGCGCGCGUCUCCGCGACAUCACCAACAUGCGCGUCACCAUCGAGCCUUCGGGGGAGGUGGGGGGCGUCCGACACAACGUCACCCUCACCACAGCCGGCAUCAGCAACAUGCAAUGGGUCAACACGGAGGAGUCCCCCACGUCUGGGGCCGUGGUACUGGAGGUGGAGAACCCCACGGGGUACGUCGCGUACCAACUGGACGCUGAACGGGCCAUCGCUGAGGCCCGACGUACCAAGACGUUCCCCAGCAUACGGGACGUCCUCGCGGGACACGGGGACUUCUAUUCCACUCACACCGUGUGGUACUUUGAUUACAGCGGUUCCAAGUGGUCAUGUUCAACUCGUCGACGUUCUCCCUGGACAUCUGCGAGGUGUGCGGCAGCUACCAGUGCCCCUACUGCCCUAUAUACUCUACUGCAUCUACUGCUACUACGUCUACUGCUGCUAUACUGCUACUUGUACUACUUUAUUGCUACUCCUACUGCUGCUGCUCUACUUCUACGCGUCUUUAUGGGAGACGCGAGGACCUACGCCUUCAGUAGCGCUGGUUCUUUGUUCAAAAACUGCGUUUAUAGAGAUGAUUUUGGUAGGAAUAGCAUUGUUGUACUGAAGUUCUGGUAGGAAUUACAUUGCGACAACAAAGACAUUGUAGAGCGCAACCCCAGGGGGUCUACAUCUGGAGGGGGCAUCCGUGGGGUUCCCUGCGGGGUUACAGCAAGGGGGACUUCCAUGGGGCGCAACCCCAGGGGGUCUACAUCUGGAGGGGGCUUCCGUGGGGCGCAAUCCCUGCGGGGUUACAGCAAGGGGGACUUCCAUGGGGCGCAACCCCAGGGGGUCUACAUCUGGAGGGGGCUUCCGUGGGGCGCAAUCCCUGCGGGGUUACAGCAAGGGGGAC